AUGUGGUUCAGUGUAGCGAUAAUUUGUGUCGGGUUCGUGCUGUUUAUAUUUAAAUAUGUCUUCAGCGGCUCCGGGCCCAAUCCCUUCGAGGUGGACACUCGUGAACCGUUGAAGAAGAUGGUUCACGAUCGGAAAGAGAAGAAUAAAGUUCUGAAGCAAGGUUUCCUGGCCAGUAAAGUACCCAAAGACCUGGAUGCCAUCAUCAUUGGCAGUGGGGUCGGUGGACUCGGGCUCGCUGUGUUGCUGGCCAGAGUUGGAAAGAAAGUCUUGGUUCUGGAGCAGCACGAUCGGGCUGGUGGAUGCUGCCACACGUUCACGGAGAAGGGCUUCGAGUUUGACGUCGGGAUCCACUACAUCGGUGACCUGCUACCACACAAGCCGUUCCGCUGCAUGUUGGACCAAAUAACCAACGGGCAGCUGCAGUGGGAGCCUCUGGACAAUCCCUUCGACCACGUAGUGCUUGGACCUCCAGAAAACCGGCGCCAUUAUCCCAUCUACAGCGGCAGGAACCGCUUCCCCGAGGAGCUGAAGAAGUGCUUCCCUGGAGAGGAGAAGGCCGUCGAUGAAUACAUGAGGCUGGUCAAGAAAGUAGGACGGGGUGUUUGGUUCCUCGCUCUGCUGAAGCUCCUGCCCGCCCCAGUGGCCAAGUUCCUGGUCUACAUCGGCCUCGCCAAACGUCUGUCCUUCUUCUUCCAAAUGGCGCCCUGCAGCCUGACAGAAGUGGUCAAUGGGCUGACGGAGAACAAGGACCUGAGGGCCGUGCUCACCUACAUCUUUGGCACCUAUGGUAACGCGCCAAAUGAUGCCAGUUUUGCCAUGCACAGCCUGCUGGUCACUCACUACCUGAAUGGUGCCUGGUACCCGAAAGGCGGCGCCAGUGAAAUUGCUUAUCACAUGAUCCCCAUCAUCGAGAAGGCGGGCGGUGCCGUUCUAGUCCGAGCCCCGGUCCACCGCAUCUUGUUCAACGACGCCAACGAGGCUUACGGUGUGAGUGUCAUGAAAGGGCAAGAGGAAAUACAGGUCCGUGCCCCUAUUGUCAUCUCGAACGCCGGAAUCUUCAACACCUACCAGAAGCUGCUGCCCAAAGACCUCCAGGCCAUGCCGGCUAUCCAGAAGCAGCUGAGUAUGAUGAAGAACGGCGCAGGCGGCCUGAGCAUCUUUGUGGGUCUGAACGGGACGAAGGAGGAGCUGGGCCUGGGAGCCAACAACUACUACAUCUUCACCGAGAACAAUUUCGAUGAUCUGGUUGAGAAGUACAUGAACGGAAAGAGGGAAGAUUCUGCUAAAAGCGUACCUCUCCUGUUCGUCGGCUCCCCGUCAGCUAAAGAUCCGACCUGGGAGGAAAGAUCACCAGGCAAGUCCACCAUGAGUCUGGUCAGCUUCGCCAACUACGAGUGGUUUGAGGAGUGGAAAGAUGACAAAGUGAACAACAGAGGGGCAGAAUACAAAGAGCUCAAACAGGCUUUCAUUGACAAUAUUCUGGAGGUUGUUAUGGAUGUCUUCCCGAAAGUAACCAGAGACAAGAUUGAGUUCAUUGACGCUGGAACCCCCAUCACAAACACACAUUACAUCGGAGCACCUAAAGGGGAAAUCUACGGAGCGGAUCACGGCAUCGCCCGCUUCAACCCCGAACUCCACGCCACAGUGAGACCUCAGACUCCACUGAAGAACCUCUAUCUGACGGGUCAGGACGUGUUCCUGUGCGGCUUCGCUGGCGCUCUCGCCGGAGCUCUCACCUGCGGCUCGGUCCUUCUCAAUCGCAACCUGCAUUUGGACGCCAUUGCCCUGGCAAAGAAAACUAACUAUGUUAAUGCAAAACUAAAGGGAGAGUAAAUGCAUGGCAACAUUCAGCUGAGUGACAGUUAUAUACUGUAAUUAAUCACUACUAUCAUCUCAACAAUGACACACAGACUUCAUCAAACGAAAGGCCUGAUAUUUUAAUCCCAAUGAGGAAACUUCUCUUUCACACUACACACGAAACAGUAAAUAGAUGCAGGUCGCAGAAUGCAUUCACACCGCUCUAAGCGUUUACCUUCGCCUCUGUACUUUUAAAAUAUGCACUAAUAGUAAUGGUAAUACCUCAGUUUUAUGAGUAAUGUAAGACGUGGGAUGUCCUACUUCUGAGUCACGAUGCUGUUGAGUUUUCAACAGUCAGCCGGCACUAAUCAAAACAAAUUAUGACCUCAACUGUUCGCAGAUGCUUUUAUAUAAACCGUUCACCAUGUUGAAACUCAUCAUGCAGCUUGUGUGCUAUGUCAUUCCAAAAUGCCUUUUUUGUGUAACUCUGUGCCUGUGUGGUGUGCAGUUUGUAACAAAGGUUGCUCCCUUUUUUUGAUAAUAAAGGGUACUAGUGAUGAA